AUGAAGUACGCUGUCGCUGCCGCCAUCCUCGCCGCCGUCGUCAAGGCCCAGACCAUUGACGAUGUGCCCUCGUGCGCCGUCCCCUGCCUGGACGAAGCCAUCGCCAGCGAGACCGACUGCGACACCACCGACUACGCCUGUGUCUGCGAGAACUUUGAGGCCGUCCAGGGCGUUGCCACCGCCUGCGUCAUCGAGGAGUGCGGCGCCACCGUCGCCCUGAACGAGGUCCUCCCCGCCGUUGAGGCUCUCUGCGCCGCCCAGGGUGGUGACGACAGCGAGGACGGCGACAGCGAGGAGACCACCUCUGCUGAGGAGCCCCCCAUGGAGACCACCACCGUCGUGGAGCCUACUGUCGUGGAGCCUACCAUGGAGCCCACCAUGGAGCCCAGCGAGACCGUCAUCGAGACCACCAUCCAGACGACUUUCACCUCCACCGUCUGCGAGUACAACUGCGGCGAGGCCACCCCCACCCCCAUGCCCACGCCCAGCGGCUCCGUCCCUGAGGAGCCCGAGACCCCCGAGCAGCCCCCCAACGCUGCCGGUGCUCUGGCCCCCAUUGGCGGUCUCGUCCUCGCCGUCGCUGCCUUUGCCCUCUAA